GAGAGGGGGGGGCGGUGGCGGGCGGUGCGCAGGCGCGGCUCCGACUCCACCCUCCCAACAUGGCGCAGGUGCAGGCCCGUUUUUACACCGAGGACAGGAGGUAUGAAGUAGAUGACACACCAUUCUCUGUUCCUGCUGCAGCCGAAGUUAAUGACCUCAGUAAAGUCAUCAAUAAGCUACUAGAAGCAAAACAUGCUAAUCACAAACAUGCAGACUUUGAUUUCCUCAUUAAGGGCCAGUUUUUACGACUGGCACUGGGUAAACAUAUGGAACUGGAAAACAUUUCAACGGAAGAAGUAGUUGAGAUUGAAUAUGUAGAACGGUACAGUGCCCCUCAGCCAGAAGAGUGCUUGUUUCACGAUGAUUGGGUCAGUGCAGUAGAGGCACAGGGAGAAUGGAUUCUCACAGGAUCAUAUGAUAAAGUUGCUCACAUUUGGACCUUAGAUGGUCAACCACUCAUGGCCCUUCCGGGACACACUGAAGUAGUCAAAGAUGUAGCAUGGAUCAAGAAAGUUGGUCACUGCAACUUGUUGCUCAGUGCCUCUCAAGAUCAGACUAUUAUCUUGUGGGAAUGGAACUCGGAAAAGAACAAAGUGAGAGCAUUGCACUCCUGUCGAGGACAUGCUGCAAGUGUGGAGUCAAUUGCUGUGGAUAACACGAAAACCAAAUUUUGCAGUGGUUCAUGGGACAAGAUGAUAAAGAUAUGGUCUGCAGUUCCCAAUGAGGAUGAAGAAAUGGUGGACGAAUCUGAAUCCAGACCAAGAAAGAAACAGAAGACUGAACAACUAGGAUUAACCAGAACUCCUAUGAUGACACUGUCUGGUCACAAUGAAGCAGUUUCCUCCGUCUUGUGGUCUGAUACAGAGGAACUCUGUAGUGCAUCCUGGGAUCACACACUCAAAAUUUGGGAUGCUGAAACUGGAGCCCAGAAAUGUACCUUGAACGGGAAUAAGGUGUUUAAUUGCAUCUCUUAUUCCCCAUUGUGCAAAAGGCUGGCUUCGGGCAGCACUGACAGGCACAUCAGGCUGUGGGAUCCACGUUCAAAAGGUAAUUUCAGAAUAUUUUGUGCUUUCUCCUACAAGAUCAUGACUGUUUUGCCAUUCUGUGAACACAUUGUGUGUUCCUUAUGUAGAGUGAAAAUUAUAAUUGAGUUUUCAGUCAAGUUUGGACGUAGCAUAAUUUUAGGAUUGAUUUCUGUGUACACCCUCCAAUGCCAGUAAAUCAUUUCUUAGAAA